AUGGGGGAUCAAUCAGAAGGAGAAAAUUCACUGCAAGCAUACGAUGAUAAAAGUGAUGGUGGUGGAAAUUCAAGUAUUGAAGCAAGCGCUGCAACACUGAAAUGUUUGCGCGAAAUUUUAGAGCGCCGAGAAUUAGCCAUUGAAAAUUUGCGUCAAGCAGUGGCAAUGUUAAAACAUAAAAUUACCGUACAACAUAUUCGUUUAAAAAGUCUAAAUAAUAUUCAUAAGCUCCAAAAUCCAUUGAUUUCCUUACCGUUUGAACUUAUCAAGAUGAUCUUUUAUCUAUGUGAUGCUCUUACACGAUGUCGCAUUUGUUGCAUUAAUAAAAGAUUGGCUGAAGAAUUGAGCAGUUGGGCAGAUGUUCAACAUCUUUACUUGACAAGAGUACCAAUUAAAGAUGAAGCAAACAAAACUGUUGUAACGCAUGCCUAUCAAGCUCUCACCAAUUCUUCUACAGUGGGCGUAAUUCGUACUACUAAAGCUAUCCCAAUGCUUCAUAACUUACGCAAUGUGAAAACGAUUUUGGUGGAAUCUUCAACAAUGCGAUUUUUGGAUCGUUGCAAUAAGAUAUCAGUGGAAGAGGGCUUUUUUGCUUUGCUACAAAAACUAGAAACUGUCAAAUUAUGCAGUAUACGAGAUAAUUUGAGUCUUGCUUAUACUUUGAGCGACUUUCUCAAAUUGCCAAAUCUUCGCACGCUUCAUAUUCGAGAAACGCUAACCUUAGCUGAUGUUCCACCACUGGAUAAAAUUUGCGCCCCAAUUGAAGAUCUUCGAAUUUGCACACAUCGAAUGCGUAUUCCACAGCUACUGAUCAUAUGUCGAGCUUUAGCAAGCACUUUGCGACGUUUAGAACUGUUACUAACUGUUAUCAUACCGGAAGGAACUGCCACAGCUGAAAAUCGUAACGCCGCUGUUAUAGAAGUUGCAGAAACAAUGACUGCUAUGGAACAUUUGAAUCACUUAACGCUUGCACGAACUUUUCUUAAGCCUUCAACAAGCGAACAAAUAUUUGAGCUGCUGAAAAUGUUUCACUCAUUGUCAACAAUAACAUUCGAAGCAUUGCUUUUAAAUGACUUCGUACAACUUGCAAAUGUUCACCUACCGCCAUCAGUAAAACGAAUCAUAGUAACAGAAUCAAUCAAAAUCGAUCCGUCAUGGUAUCCACUUAAUUCUACUUCCAUGGAAUUCCUUGACGUUUUCAAUGAUGAAAGAAUGCCAAUAUUACAAGACGCGUGUCGUAGGGUACAGCGUGAGAUCACGUUACAACUUGGCCGUCUUCGUGGAUUUGGUCCAGCAACUAUAAAUUUCCAGUUGAGUCUUGUACGAAUUUUGGCCAAUAAGACGUCACCGAUGCGUUUUGGAAACCGAAAAGGAGAUUGCCGUGUAUUUCUCUGGAAAGGACGUAUUCUUACACGUAAGGAAUACUUGAAAAUGAAUGAUAUAAAUAUUGAUGGGAUUAUGUGA